AUGGCACCCAAGAUCCUCUUCGUGCUCACCUCUCACAACAAGCUGGGCAGCCUCGACAAGCCGACUGGCUGGUAUCUUCCUGAGCUCGCCCAUCCGUACCACGUCCUCUCUAAGAAGGCUGAGAUCACAGUCGCAUCGCCCAAAGGCGGUGAAGCACCGCUGGACCCCGCCUCCGUCGAAGCGGCCAAGGAUGACGUUUCCGUGAACUUCCACAAGAACAAUGAAGCUGUGUGGAAAAACACACAAAAGCUUGAAAGCUUCGUGGGCAAGGCCGGCGAUUUCGAUGCCAUCUUUUACGUCGGCGGUCAUGGCCCGAUGUUCGAUCUCGUCGACAACCCUACUUCGCAGCAGCUCAUCCGCGAAUUCUGGGAGGCCGGCAAGGUUGUAUCUGCCGUAUGCCACGGGCCAGCCGUCUUCUACGACGCUAAGCUCUCGGAUGGGAGCUUGCUCGUUGCCGGCAAGGAGGUGACUGCCUUCACCAACACCGAGGAGGAGCAGGUUGGCCUGACAAAGGCCGUGCCUUUCCUUCCUGAGGAUGCGCUGCAGAAGGCUUCGGGAGGCAAGUUUGUCAAGGCGGCAGAGCCUUGGGGCGAGAAGGUUGUCGUGUCCGGGCGUCUGAUUACUGGUCAGAACCCCGCGAGUGCGACCGGCGUUGGUGAAGCCAUUGCGAAGGCAUUGGGUGUCUGA